ACAGAGAGCAGUUAGCUAAACGCUGCAGCUGGGUAGCUUUAGCUUGCUAGCAGUCACUGACAGGAACCACUUCCAGCUAGGACAGCUAACGCUACACGCUGCGGCUCUGUCAGCAGCGUCAAAACGUUAACGGGUGUUUUACUUACAAACACGUUUGAGCGAAAUCUCUAUCAGAAAAAAAGACGUCAGAUAUCCACAGAUGAGAUGACAUUCCCUUUAGAGGGGAAUAACAUGUCCGGGGGAAACAAAGCCAUUGAGUUACAGCUUCAGAUGCGGCAAAAUGCUGAGGAUAUGCACAGCUUCAUGAGGGAGCUGGAGGGCUGGGAGAAGGACAUCAAGAAGAAGGACGAGGAGCUGAGGACGGGAGGACUCCAGGAGAGCCAGAAGCAGCUCCCACCUGUGCGCAACAAAGACUACAAAACAAAGAUGAGGGAAAAGAAGAAGAAGAAGACAAAGCCAGCAGGCAAUGGAGACUCGAAGGGAGACGGGUCCAAACAAGACUCAAGGAUAAAAGCAUAUGAUUAUCGAUCAUGGGACAAGUUCGAUGCGGAGAAAGCUCUGUCAGAGCUGGAUAAGGAGGACAGUCCCGCAGAGUCAAACGAGUCGGACUCUGAGGAGGCUGCAGCUGAUCAGGAGAAAGCGCUAGCUGAGAAAGAAAAGGGCAAUGUGUUUUUCAAAGAGGGGAAGUUCAACGAUGCCAUUGACUGUUACACCAGAGGGAUGGGUGCAGACCCUUACAACCCCGUGCUUCCCACAAACCGAGCCACCUCCUUCUUCAGACUCAAGAAGUACGCUGUGGCAGAGUCCGACUGCAACUUGGCGAUUGCUCUGGACAGCAACUACUUCAAAGCGUACGCGCGAAGAGGAGCGGCACGGUUUGCACUGAAGAAAUAUGAAUCUGCACUUGAAGAUUAUGAGAUGGUUCUCAAGCUCGAUCCCGGCAACCUGGAAGCACAGAAUGAAAUUAAGAAACUCAAAGAGAGCCUCGGACGUGAAGCCCCGGCCACCCUGAGUGAAGAAACCAAGCAGCCACAGGAGGCUCCCACAGUGGACCCUGGGCAGCAGAGACUGAUGGAGGAGCAGCAGAGACGACAGGAGGCAGUUGUACAGAAAGACAGAGGGAAUGCUUAUUUCAAAGAGGGGAAGUAUGAAGCGGCUGUCGAGUGCUACAGCAGAGGCAUGGAGGCGGACAGCAUGAACGUGCUGCUGCCCGCCAACAGAGCCAUGGCCUUCCUCAAGCUCGAGAAGUUUAAGGAGGCAGAGGAGGACUGCACCACAGCCAUUUCUCUGGACAACACGUACUCCAAGGCUUUCGCUCGCCGUGCCACAGCCAGAGUGGCUUUAGGAAAACUGCAGGAGGCCAAACAAGAUUUCCAGGAGGUGUUGAAACUGGAACCAGGGAACAAACAGGCCCUGAAUGAGCUCCAGAAACUCCAGAUUGCGGAGGGUUCCAGUGGCCUUCUUCAAACACAAGACGGCACCCUGAGGAGAACAGUUGAGCCGAUAGACAAGCCAACACAUCUCCGCUCAACAAAACCACUGAGGAGGAUUGAUAUUGAAGAAGUGAGUGGAAAGGUGUCGCUGUCUGAGGUGGAGUCAGGUGGAUCCCCAUCCUUCGUCCAGGAGGUGAUGAGGGAGUCUGAGGAGAAGUCCUCCCCACUGUCGACAUCACCCAGCGCCAAAAUGAUCAAAAUCGAGGAGAUAGCAGACGUCCCUUCACACUCAUCUGACCAAGCCGCGUCAAACAGACAGACCAAACAACCAGCACCAGAGGAAACGGUUCAUCUUCCUCAACCGUCCGCCAGCCCCUCCUUGAUAGUCACAGAUCUGCCUCCUCCACCCGCCAACAGCUUCCAGCUGGAGGCUGACCUCCGUAAGAUCGGAAACCAGCCUGAAGUGAUUUACAGAUAUCUGAGGCAAAUCAAGCCUGAAGCGUACGUGAACAUUUUCCACAACUCCCUAGAACCCAACAUUCUCAACCAGAUCCUGACGACCCUACAUGACUUCUACAUCAAGAAUGAAGCACCGGCCGUUAUACUGGAGGUCCUCAAGAGUCUUGCGAGUGUGAGACGCUUCGACAUGGCUGUCAUGUUCAUGUCGUCCCCAGAGACGAAACUUGUGAAAGGACUGUUUGACUUCCUCCACCAAGCUGAGCUGGAAGCAUCAUCUGUCUCGGCCUUACAGAAGAAGUACGGAGUUUGACGUUUGGAUUGGAGUUCUAUAGACUUUCAGUUUCAGCACACAACGCUGCAUUGCUUUCAGAGGCGAUGGGAAAGCGUAGUUAUAUUCCAAUACUGAGUAAAUUUACAUUCAGUUCAACCCUUAUUGAAUCGGACUGCUGUGCUACAUCCGUUCACCCGUGGAAAUGUGAUUUCAUGUUCUUUUCUUUAUUCAUAACUGCAUUCAUUUUGAGUUGGAGGUUGGAAAUUCACAGAUUGUUUAGACUUCAGUGUGGAGUCCUGUUCCUUGUGCAGCAGCUAAUGUCAUCACUGAUACAGAUGUAGAGUGUGCACGUCCAACAGGUUUGGGCAGAGAUGUUUCAUUUUCUCAAACUACACAGAAAGUGGAAACAUAUCUGAGGGCUUCAUGGAAAUUGAUUAGAAAUAAUGUGAGAUCUUGGACAUUCUUCUCCAUAAACAUGUUGAUUUAUUGAAAUGGAGUCAGAUGGGUACAUCUGACGGAGACCUUCAGCCAGAGGGGAUUUUCUGUGACAGGGAAGUGUGAAUUUCCAACUUUAUAAUUUGUCCUUAAUGUAGCCUAAAGAUGUGGAUCGGUCUCUGUGAGUACUCUGCCCUGUUUGAAGGUUCCACCAUACCUAAAGGAGCAGUUCAGAAUAAAAAAUAUAUAUCUUUCCAAUUA